CUCAGUAGUGCAUGUAUGAGCCUUGACGAUGAUGAUGAUGAUGAUGAUGGGGGUGUUUCUUCAUCCUGGAGCUUCUAUUGGUCACAGAUGGACUUUCCCCUUCAUAUCAACUUCAUUCAGUAAAAAUAGCCACACAGACGCAGCAGCUGCUCACGAGCGCAGACGUCCAGCGACUGACCGACACUGCUGGACGAGGAUCAGAGCUCACAGACACUCAUCAUCUUCAUCAUCUUCAUCAUCUUCAUCUGAGGAAUGGCUCUGGACUUUGUCGCAGGAUGUAUUGGAGGAGCCGCAGGUGUGCUGGUCGGACAUCCGUUUGAUACGGUCAAGAUGAGAGCGAGGCUGUUACACCGGCCGCUCGGAGGUUAACCUCGUGCGACUGCAGGUCCAGAGCGUGGACAAGCCCCUGUACCGCGGCACCUAUCACUGCUUCCAGUCCAUCGUCCGCCAGGAGUCGAUGCGGGGUCUCUAUAAGGGCAUCGGAUCACCCAUGAUGGGCCUGACCUUCAUCAACGCCAUCGUGUUCGGCGUGCAGGGGAACGCCAUGCGCAUGUUGGGUGUGGACACCCCUGUGCACCAGUUCCUGGCGGGCGCAGCGGCCGGACUCAUCCAGUGUGUGAUCUGCUGCCCGAUGGAGCUGGCCAAGACACGCAUGCAGAUGCAGGGGACGGGCGAGAAGAGCGCCUCCAGGAGGAUGUACAGGAACUCUCUGGACUGCCUGAUCCGCAUCCACCGGAAGGAGGGAGUCCGAGGGAUAAACCGAGGAAUGGUGACCACCGUCAUCCGCGAGACGCCCGGCUUCGGCGUCUACUUCCUCACCUACGAUACUCUGACGCGAGCGCUGGGCUGCGACGCCGACGACGGAUACAUCAUUCCCAAGCUGCUCCUGGCGGGAGGCAUGUCGGGAAUGGCGUCCUGGAUCUCCACGUAUCCCGUGGACGUCAUCAAGUCCCGCCUCCAGGCGGACGGUGUGGGCGGAGCUAACAGGUACGACGGCAUCAUGGACUGCGUGCGUCAGAGCUGGAGGAGAGAAGGAUGGAGGGCCUUCACUCGAGGCCUGACCUCGACUCUCUUGAGAGCGUUUCCCGUCAACGCCACAACCUUCGCCACCGUCACACUCUUCCUCAUGUACAUGCGCGAGGAUGACGAGGGUGUGAAGGACUGCGAGGCGAUGCGGCCGAGUCUGCAGCACAGCAGCCUGUGACUCAGAGACCUGGAGAAAGACUCGGAUCGUCUUGAGAUGAGAGCACAGAUUUACUGCACCGAUAGACUCUGAUUCUGUGAUACAGAGAGAGAGAAACGGUCAGUGAACGCUGAACAAUGACCUCGCAUCAUCUCUGCCAUGGACCGUACUGCUGAAUUAUUGGGAUGAGGAUUCCCAGAUCAGCAUCCGUAGAAACAUCUGGUGCUGAUGAAGGAUGAGAGUGAUGCACGAAUGAGAGGUCGAACCGUGACGUGUCUGAAGCUCAUUCUCCACAGUCAGAAACAUCAUGCUAAAAAUGGUUCCUUCUGCUGGGACAGAACAGGUGAAGACACGACUGUACAUUAUAUGGAGAGCAUAUGGUUCAUGGGUUUGAUUUCCAGGAAAUACAAGGGCUGUAAAAUGUAAAUGUGUACCUCGAAUGCAAUGUAAGUUGCUUUGGAUAAAUGCAUCUAAUAAAUGCAUACAUGUAAAUAUCAGCAUCUCAGAGUAGCAAUAUGUGCUCUUAAAGUACUACUAUGCAAUUUUAGGGCUAAAUAAAAUGCAAAGUUGU